AUGUGCACACUAUUCCAGUUUAUAUUUCGACAGAUAAACGCAGAUGAGAGUCGAAUUCAAGAAUCCGAGUAUAAAUUUGCCAUUGAACUGCUGCGUUAUGUGACCCGAAAUGGGCACACAUCGUUUGUGAUAUCACCGUUCUCAAUCGCCAUCACCCUAUCGAUCCUAAGCUAUGGUGCUGUCGGUAAUACGCAAGCACAAAUCGAUAAACUGAUAGCAAAUGGCAUAGAACAUCAACGAACUCAGAACUACUUCAAAACUCAUAAUGAUCAGCUGCAAAAUUCCUCAUCAAAUUCCACCAUCAGCAACACUGCCUUCCAUUCACUGAACCUUAUUGUGAUUCGACAAAAGAAUAAUCUCACCUCAAUAAACGAGCAGUUCAGGCUUAACACCGUGCACGAAUAUUAUCGUUCUCAGAUCAUGCUCAACGACUUCUCAAAUGCAACGGAUUUAAUUUCCGUGCGUUCAACUUGUUCACAUUACAAAGUUUAUCGAACACUUCUUCAACGAGUCAUUUUCAAGGAUAUUGAUGAGUGGAUUAGAGCUGAAUCCGAUUCGUACAUUGAUACGAUUGCAAAUCAAGCGAACACACGUCCACAGUCAAAAAUUCUCGUCUUCAACGCCGUUUGGAUGUGGGCUGAGUGGAUCAAGAAAUUCAAAAACGAAGAAACCUUUCUGAAGGAUUUCUAUGUGAAUCAAGAUGAAAUCAAACGGGUUAACAUGAUGCCAAUUUGGGCAUAUGGCACAUAUCGAUAUGGCGAGAACGCUGAUCUGCAGGUGGUUGGAAUACCGUUUAGUGACGAAGAAACGUACAUGUAUAUAUUCUUAACGAGGGAUAGGUAUGCGGUGUUGAAUGACUUUAUAAAGGAUAUGGACUAUCAACGGAUUAUCGCUCUGAUAAAUCGAUGUAAAAUUGUGGAUGUUGAAGUUGGUCACUGUUUAACUUAG